AUGGCUUCCUCCACAGAUUCUUCUCCUUCAGGGCCAACUACCCCGGCAAACUCUUCUUCUGCCAAGCUGGCAUCCUCCACAGCCUCCUCUCCUUCAGACACAGCACCCACCACAAUGCCCUUCCCUCCAAAACCUCCCUCCUCCAUGGCCUCCUCUGCCUCAGACACCGUCUCACCCACCACCUCCUUCACCAGAGGCCCUGUCGCUCCCACAGCCUCCUUUGCCUCGGAGGCCUCCUCCACAGCCUCUUCUCCCUCAGAGACCUCCCUGGCCACCUCCUCUCCCUCGGACACUGCUCCAUCUGCCUCCUUGCCCAGCAGUGCCCCUGCCAGCUCCUCUCCCCCAGGUGCCUGCUCUCCCAGUGCUGUCUCGCUCUCUGCCCUCUCCGUCAGACCGUCCUGCUCCCCAGGUGCCACCUCUGCACCAGACUCUGUUCCCUUCCCUGUCCCCUUUCCUUUGGGAUCUUCUUCUGCCAUGGUGCUUUCCUCAGGUGCGGAUUCCUCCACCACAAGCUGA